CCUAAAAUGUGGUCCUUCGAGCCUACGUCUUUCGAAGUUUUAAACGUUAAUCUAUAUUAACGGAAAGGUGUUGGUGUAUCUAAGUAAGACGGAGUAUUUCAAACAAAAUGUCUGAAAACCGUUUAAAAGAGCUUCGUAUGAAGCGUACUACCUUAAAGGGUACUAUUACCCGUGUGGAAACUUUUGCAAGAGACCCUUCAUUGGACUCAAAAGGUGUGGAGUUGGUGGAGGCUAGAAGAGACAGGUUGAUCUCAGCUUUUAAAGCUUAUGAAGAGACGCAGCUUGAUAUACUUGUAUGUGAUGAAAAGGAUAGUGAAGACAUUUCAAUUGUGGAAGAUAAGUAUUACAGUGUUUUAGCCUUAUUAAACAAGGCAAUCAAAGACUCAAAACUAUCAGAGACAUCCCAAUCUAGUAAUAUUUCAAACUCAAAAUUACCAAACAUAGAGUUAUCAAUCUUCUCAGGAAAAGACUUUACUCAAUUCAAGCCGUUCAUCGAGUUAUUUCAAGCAUUAAUUCACAAUAAUAAAUCUUUGUCUAAUGUGCAAAAACUAUUUUACUUAAGAAAAUAUUUAUGUGACGAGGCACUUAAUAUUAUAAUUAAUUUACCAAUAAUAAAUGACUCCUAUGACAAAGCCAUAGAGUUGUUAAACAAGCGUUAUGACAACAAGUCACGUUUGAUUAGCAAUCAUGUAGGCUUGCUCCUUGACCUUCCCGAGGUUCAAAAGGGUACUGCUGCAUCAAUUCGCUUAUUUAUCUCUGAAAUACAACAGCAGCUGUACGCAUUACAAAAUUUAGAACAACCAAUAGACAAAUGGGAUAUGAUCCUAAUACCAAUAUUAUGUAGAAAACUUGACUCAUAUACGCUUAGGGCUUACCAGUUAGAUAGGGACUGUGAAGAGCUACCUACAAUAUCUGGAUUCAUAUCGUUCUUGGAACAGCGUGCUAUAGCACUUGAGGAUAGCUCACCUCCAAAGUUUGCUCACAAAACUUAUAAUAAGUCGACAAAUAAUAAAAUUGUUAACAUGGUUAUAAAUCAAAACUGUAAAUUUUGUGAAACUUCUUCCCACCAGCUUUAUAGUUGUCCCAAGUUUAAGUUGGCUUCAGUUAGUCAGAGACAAACAUUUGUCAAUAACAAUAAUCUCUGCCAAUUAUGUAUGAGGAGUCAUAAUGGAAAAUGUAAAUUAACAUUUAAGUGCAAAGUAUGCAAAAAAUUGCUUCACAAUACUCUUUUAUGCAACGGGCAGAAAGGUGAGCAACCAUUGCAAGAAAAUAACACUACAAAUACAGUUGUUGAUGUUGAAAAUAGCAGCUCCAUAGCUAACUUUUGUUCGAAUUCAACGUCAAACACUAUUUUGAUACCUACUGUCAAAGUUAAGAUAUUUGAUAGCUCGGGUAAAAUUUCAGUAGCCAAAGCAAUGUUUGAUACCGGGAGUCAGACUAGUUUUAUUACAGACUCACUAGUUAAAAAGUUAGGAUUGAGUCCUAUGGCUCAGCAGACAAACAUUAUCAGCAUUGGUAAUAAAAACAAUAAAAUUUAUAAAGCAGUGAAAUUAAACAUUCAUUCAUGUGUUCAUGAGAACAUAAAAUUCAAUAUUAAAUGCCAUGUCAUUGACACGAUAACCACUCGACUUCCUCAAAAAUAUAUAAAAUUGAAAAAUUUUAGUGUACCAAAGGAUAUUAUACUGGCCGAUGAUGAGUUUCACAUACCAUCAACUAUUGAUCUCUUGUUGGUUAUUGGUGAUUGCAACAAGUUAGAAAAUGUCAUGCAACAGUUUUGGUUCUCUGAGGAGUUACCUCAUAGUCCAGUUACAGAAAAAAAAUCAAGUGAAUUUCAAAAAGCUGAAGAGAUAUUCACUGAAGCUAUACUUAAACACACAUAUGUAGAUGAUGUGAUCUAUGGUGCUGAUGAGGAAGCUCAGUUAGUAGAAAUUAAAAAUCAACUUCUAACAAUCAUGGGAAAGGGUGGAUUUAGUCUUCAUAAGUGGUGUUCCAAUUCUGAACAAGCGUUAAAUGACAUUGACAAGCAAAGGAAAUACUUUUCUGAUGAGAUUCAGAAAUAA